AUGGCCCAGGACCUCGCUACUGGCAGCGAGGACAGACAGUUGAGCCCUGAGCCAGGGGACAUCCGAAAUGACGGUCUUUCCUUGACUACAAUUUUAACAAUUAUAAAUUUGAUUGCCCUGAAACCUCUGUCAGUUAUUCCUGCAAUAGCUGAACAUUGCAAUACUACAACAGGUAUAGAUCCAAAAAUUUUCUUUAAUGCACACAUGAAAUUUCCACCAGACUACCCUUAUUCUCCACCAAGCAUUAGAUUUCUUACAAAAGUUUGGCACCCCAAUGUUUAUGAGAAUGGAGACUUAUGCAUUUCUAUACUCCACCCUCCUGUAGAUGAUCCUCAAUCUGGAGAACUCCCUUGUGAAAGGUGGAAUCCGACCCAAAAUGUCAGGAAACAAGUGUCUGGAGGACGAGCUGAAGCUGAAAAAGAUGGUGUUGAAAUACCUAUGACUCUUGAAGAUUAUUGUAUUAAAACCAGAGUUAGAGCUCCCGAAGCUAAUAUGGAUAUGACAGAUUUUUAUGUAGAUGAUUAUGAUAUUGAAGAAGAUGAUGAUGAUGAAGAUAUAUCUGCUGAUGAAUAUGAGGAUGCCGAUGAUAGUGGUAAUGGUGAAUCGUGAUGCUUAUUUUGUAAUUCAAAUAGUUACAAACCAUUGAUUUUUUUCUACAAUUUUUUGAAGCUUUUUAAUAUGUGUUUAGUAAGGAAAAAGUUUAAUUUUGAUAAAUCAAAAUUCAACAAUUUUUUAAUAAACUUUUCACCAAAUUUUUUGUAAUAUUUCUUUUGGUUAAAAUACAAUAUAAAAAUUAUGAUAGUAGAAAAGAAAGUUUUAUAAAUUAUUAUUUGAAUAAAUCCUUAUUUUAUUUGUUUAUAUAUGUGUAACUAAAUAUGCCUUUAUAUAAAAUUACUACAAAUUGUAUUGAUAUGGUCACUUGAAUUAAACAAUAAAUACACUCAAUCUUUUUUUCCUUUUAUUUGGUAUGUUAAAGAAAAGGCUGUGAAUAAACUGGAAAACUGCUAAGUAAAGUGCAAAAAAGAAUGAUUGUGUAAUGUCAGGUGAUCAUUGUUUAAAAUGUUGUUUUCUUAUUAUAAUAUUGUGCAGGAGUUAAACUUGUUCUGAAAGUCAAUACUUUAAAAAAAUAUUAAAAAAUAAAAUAUUUAAAAAAAUAAUUGUAUUGAAGUUAUAAGAUGGAAAAGUUUGGGUAUAAUAAACAUAGAAGUAAGCUCUAGUUUGUAUUCAAAUUUUCACAGUAUUAGAAGAACUGUCAAAUGGCAGUUUCUUAAUGGUACUUGUAAAUUAGUACUUUUUUUAUCUACACAUAAAAAAAUUAUAAAGAGGAGUUUUGUUCUAUUCUCAACACAGCCAAAUUAUGAAAGUUUAUGUUAGAUAAAUGGCACUCCAUCAUAGUAUAAUUGUUAAACCAGCUCAAUAUAAUUUAUUCCUUUCCAUUAUUUUGCUUAAAUUGUCAUUGUAUUAUUCUUAAUUUUUUGUAUGUACCCUAUGUUACGGUUUUAUGAUAGUCUGAUGUACAUUGAUUGUCUUUUCUUUAAUAAUUUAUCUAUAUUUCCAUGUAUAUGUUUGUAUACAUGUCUACUAUAUUAAUGUAAAAGUAUGUAGCAUAUUUUCAUUCUAUAUAUUUAUUUUAAGCGGCUAACUGUUUGAGAAAAUGAGAUGAUAACUAAUAUAAUACAAAAGUUAUAUUCAGAAUAGAUUUUUGAAAAUAAGACAUUUGACAUCUUUUUUGUCUAAACAAAACAUUCCAGACAUUUAGAGAAAUGUUAAUCAAUGAAAUACUCUACCAUCCAGACCAUAUUCAAAUUUACUAAUAAAUAUUCUAAAAGUUGGUUUAUUUAUUAUGCAUUAGAAAAAAUAUUGAAAUUAAUGUCUGUCCAGUAGAAUGUUUUGUUAUUUUUAAGAUGAAAAUAGUGUCUAUAAACUUAAGUGUUAUCUCAUUAUUGUACAGAAUUUAAAAAUACUGAAAAUUCUCAGCUAUUUGAUAAAAAUUAAUUGUUUUUAAUAUUUUUCUUUUGUUAUGAAGCAAUUACUAAAUUAAUGUAUUAGACAUUGCAAUUAUUUUUUAUAUGUGUAUAAUAAUUAUUGUUAAUGUCUUGUGAUGUUUCAGACGUAGAGCAGUUAAUUUUUAAUUUGGUGUUUAGAUUAUAACUUUAGCAACCAUUUCUAUCACAAGUUAAGAUAAUUGCAUAUUGUACAGUUUACAUUAAUUAGCAUGUUAUAAUUAGAAAUGAUUUUAUUCCAUUUGCCUUGUGAAGUGUAUAUUAGAAGAAUCAUGGCAUCCAGCAAUAAAAUCUGAUGUAGGUUUAGUUUGAAUAAAUGUGCAGUGUAAUAAAUAAGUUUUUAUUUAUGUUUUUAACCUGCAUUUCUUAGAAUAAUUGUGAUUUACAAAAAACUGCUUUUGAACUAGACAGAAGCAGAUAAUCAGUUUGCAAGGGUUAUCUUGAAGUUUUUUUGAAAAUAUUUACAUCAUUUGUUCCUUAAUAUCAAGUCAAUAUUUAUUCUUCAACUAUCGAAUAAGCUAAAAAAUAUUCUUUUACAAUUGCAAAAAAUAUUUCUGAAUAUGAGACAAUUCAUUUGUCCUUAAUUAGUUACUAAAAUAUUAAUUUAAAAAUAUAUAAAAACAUAGUAUUACUUAGCACAAGCUAAUUACUAUUUUAAGCAAACCUGAACUGUUUCAAUAUAAGGUUAAUAGCAUAAAAAUAUAAUCAUAAUAAUAAACAAAGUGAGGUGCCAUUCCUUGAGAUAAAACACAAUCUUGGCCAUUGGACCCUGUUCUGCUACUAGAUUUUCAAGAAGCUGUGCCCACCAUUAAUAUCAACAAUGACCGUAAGAAUGGAAGUCGAAUGCAUUAUGUGGAAGGUUUUUUUCACUAGCUUUAGCAGCCAUCUUUCUCAGUUGGCUGGUUAAUAUAAGUUUAGUUCCAACAGACAGCUUUCUGAAAUCAAUCCAGGAUUAGGUUAUAGCUACUAGAUCUCACUGAAAAUGCCUUGGAGCAACAGUAUAUAUUGGACAAGUGUAGGUUCCAAAUCCAUUCAGCACAUAAUUGGAGAAUAGCCCUUAAAAGGAAAUAACUAAAGACUUCAUCCAGAAUGAGGAAAUCAAAUUGUACUGGAAUUAUACAUUUAUAAAAGACUCUACCAUAAUCUAUAACAGGUCUGAUGAUGUGUUUUGUUAUAAUUUAUAACACACAUGUUAUGAGCUGCUAUAAGCACAUCUAUUAUUUCAUGACAACAAGAAGUAGAGGAGGUAGAAAUAAAAUGUGAAUUUAAGUCAUCAGGUGAAACGGAUAAGACUAUUGAGGAAGGGGAUCUGGAAGGUUCACAGAGGGAAAGUUUGGUAAUUUUAAAGUUGAAAUUGUUAAGGUCUAGCAGCUAGGUUAAAAGACCAAUAUAUAAUAGAUAAAGUAUUGUUAGUGCUAUUGUGAUAUCCAGCAAUGGUCUAAUAUCAAUAUCCUCCAUGGAAGCUACUGACAGGUUUGGAAUCCAAAUAAAUGUUAUAGAUGAAGCACAAAAAGCUGGCUUGUUAAAUAUUGCUAGGAUUGUAAGGAGCUUUCUUAAUAUUCAAUAGGACUGUAAAGAAUUGAUCUGAAGUGAUUGGAGUGAAUUAUUCCCCUCUCAAGGAAAAAAGUCUUUUUGAAGGAUUUGACAAAUUAAUAGAUUCAAUAUCUAUUUAACCAAAGAGCAUUUUUUUAGUCUUAAAAUUUUCACUUAUUUUUCAAGGUCAAACCUCAAAUAAGAUGAUUUAUUGUAAUUUGAAAAUACUUAAAUAAAAAAAAAGAACUAUUCUUUAAUGUUUGUGUUAUGUUUCUUUUCUAUACAAUAGCUUUAUAUUAAGGUGAUUUGUUUGGAUUCAAAAGAUAAAUUAACAAAAUCAUCCACAUGUUAAAACCACAUGGGCUAAUGAUUUGAUUUUUUUUUACCCACUGAAGUCUUACUAUGGAUUAAUAUUUUGUUUCACUUGCUGACCAUACCCUCUUCCGGGUUAAUUUUUUCAUUGACCAUAUUUUUGGUGUGGAGUUUUGAGACUGGUGAUCAUAAGUUCAAUUAAAGAUAUCCCCUACAGAUAGAUAGAAUAGAAUAGAAAAUAAUUUUAUUCUGGGAUGAAGUCGCUUUAGAAUAACAAAAAAGUACAAAAUUAAAGUAUUAUAUCUAGCCUAAGUAAAAACAAACAUAAAAAGUAAAAAUAAAAAAAAUAUUAGUUAAACAUACUAUGUACAAAAUUAAAAAAAAUCUAUAUACAAAACACUUGAAAGCAUGCCAAGACACUUAAAACUAUGUACAGUGGUAAAAUAUAAGUAUACACUUAAAAAAAAAAAAAAAAUACAUUACAUUCUUCUUAUCAAUAAACUCUGUGUUUCUGCAUAAAAAAAAAAAAAAAAGAAAAGGAAUCUGAUAGUAAGUAUUUAAGUGAUGAAUUAUAUGUAAAUAUAUCAUUAUGUGAAUCAUUUUAAAUAAUAUGUAAAUUUAUAUAGAAAGUUAGCGGGGGGAGGGAUGUCUGACUGUUUUUGGGAUAGAAAUUGGAAUAGGAGGGUUUUAAAUGUAGAUAGAGAGGGAGAAUGCCGAAUUUUGAUAGGAAGGGAAUCCCAGAAAUUAACAGAGUGGGCAAUAAACGAGUUUUUGAAGGAGGCAGAUCUGUGGGAAGGAAUGUAAAGGUCGGAAGGUCGAGAUCUUGUGAAAAGGGAGUGGACUGAGGACUUUCCUCCUGAGGAUAAAGUAAGGUAGGCAGAUAGUGGUUGAUUAGGUAUGGAGACUGCUUGGGUGCAUUGUGAGAGAAAAGAUUGGAACCAAGAGUUGGAGCUAUUGGAGAAAGAUAAUGAUUUUAGUUUGUUGAAAAGGAUGGGAUGUUUAAUGGAAUCGAAGGCUUUGGAGAAGUCAAGGAGUAUAAAGACAGUUAAUUGUUUAUUAUCUAUUGCAGUCUGAUCAUUGGUAAUUUUAAUUAAGGCGGAUUGUGUGGAGUAGCCAGGAUGGAAACCAGAUUGGAGAGGAUCAAGUCGGUUGGACUUUUCAAGGAAAUUGGAAACUUGGGAUUGCACCAAUCUUUCUAGGGAUUUUGAGAGAUUGGAAAGAAUUGGGAUUGGGCGAAAAUCUUCAGGAGAGGAUGGAUUAGGCUUUUUAUUUAAAAGGAGGACAAUGGCUUUUUUCCAAGAGGUAGGGAACAUUGAGUUCUGAAAUUGUAAAUGAAAAGGAGAACUGGGAGGAUUUCGGGAAGACAUAAUUUUAUCAAUUUGACAGGAAUGCCAUCUGGUCCUAUGGAGUUGGUGUGGGAUUUCAUUACAGCAGUUAUUAAGUCAGUGGGGGAAAUUUCGGAGAAAUAAAAGUCAUCAUCCUUGAAUGAUGACUCAGGAGCAAAGUUGGAAGAGGAGAAUAGAGAAGAAGUAGAGGAGGCAGAAAUAAAAUGUGAAAUUAAAUCAUCAGGUGAAACGGGUAAGACUAUUGAGGAAGGGAAUCUGGAAGGUUCACAGAGGGAAAGUUUGCGAAGGAUUAACCAUUUAGAUCUGCGAUCUGGAGCCGAUGAAAGGGCUUCAUGGAAAUAGGUAGCUUUAGUUCGCCGAAUCCUUGUUUGUGUCAAGUUGCGGAGCAUCCUAAACACUUGAUAGUCAUCAUGGUACGUCUAAAGCGUCUACGGCCAGCAUCACGCCUCUUCUGCAGAUCCUUAAUUUCUUGGCACAUCCAAGGUGCAGGCCGGUUGUCAAACGAAAGGUUGAGGUUUUUACGGGAGCAUGGGUGUUAAGGAUAACGAGGAGAUUGGAAGUCAGGAUCUCAACCAUGGAGUCGAUGAUCGGAGGAGCAGGAAUAUAUUCGGUUCAAGUCUAAGGUUUCAAGAUCAGGUAGUAUUUUUUCAUGGGUCAGAGUUUCUAGCUGACGGAAAGUGACGGUUCUCGGAUGAAUCAGAGGGGUUUGGAUAUUAUAUGUUUUAGGAUCAGGUCGUGAGACGAUAAGAAGGAUACUGGCAGUUGAGAAAAGGAGAGGAGAUUUUGGUCAGAGUCUAUAAUGAAGAAAUCUAACCAAGUGUCGGCCUUGCAGGUGUGGUGAGUAGGGUAAAAAGGAACAAUAAAGAGAUGAAGGGAGAAAAAUAUGUUUUAUAGAUAGGUUUUGUCUUUAGAAUUAGAAAGGAAAUUGGUAUUGAGGUCACUGGCGAUGAUUAUUCUAGGAUAAAGGGGAACAAUGUUGAGUAGGGUUGAUUCUAAGGACGGAUCAAAUGGAACAAGGGGAGGACGAUAGAUCACUGUGUAAAGGAAAGGGAAAUUAUUACAGGUAAUUUCUACUAGUAGGUACUCAACUUGUAGAUGUUCAAAGGGGGGCAAUCAAGGAUUCGAGACUUCAAUUUUGCUAGAAUACGAGAAAAAUAUUGCUACCCCACCCCCAAUCCAACUGGCCCGGUCGUGACGGAUGAAGGUGUAAUUAGGUAGGGAGACAGUAUAUAGAGUUUGUUGAGCCAGGUUUCUGAGAUUGCGAUGAUGUGAAAAAAGUUUUGAGAAAAGCACUGCAGGAAUUCACCGUAAUGGAAGGGAUUAUGAGUUAACGUGAGAGGUGAUUAGGAUACUAGACAUGGGGAGGAUUUGAUGGGAAACAGUCCAAAAUCAGCAUAGAGAGAAUGAAGCAUAUAUCAUAUUCUGAAAGACAUCUGAAAUAAGUAUUAAUAAGGAAAACAAAAGUCGAUAUUGAAAAAAUAAGUGAGUAAGAAAAUAAACAAAUUAGUAAGCAAGAGCUAUGAGACAGUUUAACCAAAAUCUUCAAAAUUAUUUGAGUACCAAUUAAGAUAAAAAAUACUUUAAUGAAAGAGAAGAAAUGAUGAAACCUGUACAGUCAGGCGAAAAUGUCAAGAUCCGAUGCCUGAUUAAUCAAGAUUACUUGAUGGCUGUCAUCUUUUCGGCAUCGCACAUUGCUGGCAGCGAACCAUACGUAUCUUAUCUUCCCAGCAGCUCUCUUCUGCCGGGCAAGCCAGUAGAGGUGCCUGUUUGUUGGGGUCAUUUCCUCGCCGAGAUAAAUUUGGUGGCAGUCGUUUUCAUGCCACCUGAUAUCACGCGUCGAGAAGCCCCUCUUCACUUUUCUUCUCGCUAUCAGGUCGUCCCUCACUGACUGCCUGACGAAAUGUAAUAUUACCGGCAGCGAUUGCGGGUCUUCCUUCUUGCUUUUGCGGUGUUGCACCACAUCCACUCCAAGCUUGAUGCCCAACCCCGCGGCUAUACUGGUCAUCAGAGCCGUGGGUGUCUUGCCUGCUCACACUGGUAUCCCACGGAUCUCCAGCGAUCUACAUAAUAGACCCUGUUCUGUUUUGUUCAGGAGGAUCCCUAAUUGCUGACUCGGGAUUUGAGGGUUUUAUUUUUGAAGAUAUCAUCUAGCCAAAAUGUUUGGCUUUGCCCUCAAAAUACAGGACCGAAUGGAAAAUUAUGGUAACAUAUUAAUACUGGUGGUGUCAGUAUGUAUCCCACAAAAAACUAAACGUUAGCCGAAUACAGGACAUCAGGCGGCUGGCAUCAAAGAACGUUACUUGUAUCCAUUUUUUUUUCAUUUUAAUAGAAAACAUUGCUAAGUAUGGAUGGUGAAAUUUAAACUGCCAACAAGUGAUGGAAAACCAGUUGGUAAAAUUUCAUCAGGUAGGUUAUUAUUUAGAAGAUUAAUAUUUUAUUAUUCUUAUAAUAUAACUCAUGAUUUAUUAUAUUAUAUAGUAAAUAUGAUAAGGAUAAAAGAGCUUUUAAUACAGCUAAUUUAAAUGGUGAAUGUUAUUUCUGCAUUGUAGUACAUCAAGAACAAAGAGUACCGGGAUAAGAUUCUCAAAUCAAAAAUGAUGAAAUGUCAAAAAUGGUUUUGCAUAUGAAAAUGAAUGAAAUUACUUUAACUCAAUGUAAUCAGGAAUAACAGAAGCUCAUACACUUCGGGUAUCAUUAUGGAAAUUGAUUUAUUAAUCAAUAAUAACAUAAACAAAGACACCAUACCAGUAAAUGAAUCGCUUAUAGCUAAAUAUCGCAGAGUAAUUACCAAUUUUAUUGUUGUUGGGAUAAUGGAGAUCCCGAUGGGAACUACAUUUUCUAUACUUUUUGGAGAUUUUACGAAACACCAAUAAUAGAAUUUCUUAAAAAUCAAAUUUAGUUAAUCUGAUCAAACACAAACAAAUAGAAAAAAAAUCUUAUUUGAAACACUCAAAUUGAAAACCAUAAAAUUGCACAAACAUCUAAUCAAAAGUGGCACAAAUAUAAAAGACUAUAAAGGCAAGCAGUUUAGGAAACAAGUGAAUGAGGAAAAUCCAAUUUACAAAGGCUGAGCCGGUUUGUUUUAAAAAUUUUAAGAUACUUUACCUGUAAAAGUAAUUCUUUUACAGGUUGCUUUCAAUCAACAAUUGUUGGCUCACAAGAAAGAAAACUAUGGCUCCAAUUUAGAGGGGCAAGUUUUAGUAGAACUAUUAUUUAUUUAACAUAUUGAUGAAAAAUCUUGACAAGACUGUUAACACUUAAAAAAUUAUAGGAUUUUUUUUUAUUACAAAAGUAUUUCCAAUUCAAAAAUCUUUAACUUUUUGAAAGGAGUAAUACAAAGUCUUUAGUCAAAUAUCUCUGUGUUAACAAGCAUUUCUUAGUGACAUCACGUUUUCUUUGAAGUAAGUUACUUCAAGGAAUAUCAACUUAGUUCCUCCUUAAAAAUUUCUUAGGCCCCAUAUUGCUAUGUCGGUUUGUCAAAUUUAUCCCCAAAUAUAAUAUUUUUUUCUAAACUAGCCUAGUGUUUAAGAGUAAAGAAUUUUUCUGGGAGAAACAAAUUUGAUAAUAAUUUUUUGGCCCUCAAAAAGCUCUAAAAUAUGAAUUUUCAUCUAUCUAUCUAACAAAGUCUAUGUGUGCAUGUCUGUAAGGGAACAGCCUAGCUCAAAACAAAACAUUCUACGAGGGUGAAAUUAGGUAUAAGCAUUAACCUUGCAGCAACUUUUUUACUGAAAUUGAAUUAUCAGAAGUGCCACUUAAUAUAAUUUAUUUUAUGAUUUUCUUGAAAAUGGCUCAAACAUUUUGGAUUAAAUUUGUUAAACCAAUGUACAAUCUAAUGGUCUUUAAUAUCAGCUAGGUAUUGUAAUCAUUGAAAUAGUCUGACAAGCCUUAAAUUCUGAAUUUUCAAAAUUUCUUCCUCUAAAGCAUCUUAGAUUUUGUUUACUUUAAGUAAUUAACCAUUUCCAAUAACUUUUUUAAAAUACAUCUAAACUAUGAAAUAAUUUGAUAAUUAAAUAAAGAAGAAAAAAAGGGAAAAUAUUUUUGCAGGUUGAAAAUAAAUUUAUGGAAAUAUGAGUAGUAAUAUAGAUGAAUAAUAUACCAUUUAAAAGUUAAAUAUUUUAGAAAAUUUAAUAACUAAUAUAUAAAGUAAUGGAGUGUGACGGAAAUGUAAUGACUAAUUAUUUUUACUUCUACUUUAUUGAAUAAAAAAUAAUUUUUUCCAUAGAAAUUUUAAUUAUUUUUCAGCUUGACACACCAAAAAUAAAUAAUGCAAUUAUUAAUUAUAGUUAGUUUAUUUUUUUUUUUAGUAAAGUAAUAUUCUUAAAGUAUAUUAAUGUAUUUAACAUUAACUUCUACUGAAAGUAGGGUGGUAAGUGGAAGUUGUAAGAUGUGUGCACCACACUAGGUUUUUAUUGUAUAGUUUCAUUCUAUAAAUUAAAGGAAGUUCUCUUCCUUUCCUUGACUAUCACCAGUGCCAAGAAUUAAGGCAAUAUUUAAAAUUUUACCGACAUAAAUGGUAAUAUAAAUCAUUUUAAAGAAAUGGUUAAUUUUUCUUCAGUAAAAACUUUAUUUAUACAACCAAAUAUACACACACAAGUGCAUAUAUUCUUAGCAUGUACUCUUUAAUGUGUACAUAUGUUAACUCUUAUAUACACAUUAUUAUAAAAAUUACAGUAAUUAAAGCAUCAAAAGAUAUAAUACAUCAAUCAAAUGAUAUAAUAAAACAAAAUACAUUAUAUACAAACUAGGAAUAGAACAAGAAAAUCUAUAACUGACUUUUUUAUUUGUUACACUAAAACUAAUAAUUAAUAUUUCAGUUACUGAAGUAAGAAAUUCUAUGUCUUGUGAGGCACUCAACACACGAACUUCAAACACAGUAGGUAGCGUGUGAAGUUAAUGAAAUUGUGAAUAGAAUAUUAGGUAUCGGUUUUUUUAAAAACUAAUUUAUCAUUCCAAAUAUAAAAUUCAAAGCGUUCACAUACCAUUUGUUUUUUUUAUGUCAUAAAUAAUUUAGAAUAUAUUUUCUAUCACUUUUGCCAUCAUUUUAUUAACAAAUUUAUGGAAAGUUUGUUUAAUAUGAUUUUAUUAUUUGAGAAAAUCAAUUUACUUAAGAUUAUUUUCAAAGUUUCCAGUAAUGAAAUACUCUUUCGAUGAUAUCAUGAUAACAUUAAAGAACAGUAACUACACACAUUUUAGAAGUUUUUCUAAAAAUUUUCUUUGAACAGAUAAUUGCAAAAUAAAUGCACAUAAACCUAAAUUUCAAAAUAUGCAAGUAUAUUAAAAAAUAAUUUAACUUAAAAUUAACACUGAACUGUUCAGUGCUAAUGAUUAUUAUGAAUGAAUUGGAUGACAAUUCGAUUUCUUGAAAAAAAAAAAAAACAGUAUAUAUUAGAAAAAUUUGAACUAAUUACUUAAAUUUUUAUAAGUUAAACAGCAAUUACAAAAAAAAAAGAACAUAAGUGUCAACUUAUUUUCUUUUUUUUUUUUUUUAAAUUGGCUAUAUUACUUUGAUUAGGUUAAACUAAAUCAUAUAAAAUGAAAUAUGUUUUUAAACUAUUUUGGCAAAAGUAUAAUUACAAGAAAGUAAAAAAAAUAUAAAUCAAAUAUAAUAAAGAUAAAAAGUAUUGCUAUUGUGUACACCCACAAGAAAAGACAUAUCAUCAAACUUAACAAAAUCUACUUACUUAGUUUUAAUAUUCUAAUUAAAUGAAUUGGCACAAAACACUAAAGUCUACAUUUAUUAACAAGUCAUAUUUUAAUAAAUUAUCUUAACAGUAUAGAAAAUACAAUGAAAUAAACAAUAUAAUAUAACAUUUAAGUUAAAAAUUAUAUUCAAUCAUUAAAAAAGUUCAGAAUAAAGGAGUAUACUAUCCUUCAGCAAUAUAUAGAAGGAACAUCCAAUUAAAAUAUUUAGAUACUAUUAAGUCUGCACAUUUGUUUAAUACUAAACCAAUUGGGAGAUCAUAUUAUCUGCAUCAUUUAAUACAAUUUAAUAUCUAAAAGAGAAAAGGAAGUCAAACUUCGAUACAUUGACCUAAACACAUUCUCAUUACAUAAAUUGAUACUUUAUUUAUGUAAAUCGCUAAAGCGUAUCUAUUCAAAUCACAGGCAAAUCAAGUGGAAUCACUUGCAGAUAUUGCUUGGUUCUUUGAAUCCAAAUUAUUUAGAGAAAGAAAUAACUACAUUAAAAAAAUAUAUUUGGCAUAACAAAUAAAAUCACAGUAAUUAUAAUUCCCAUUAAUAGCAAAUCAUUUAAUAAUUGAUAUAAAGUUGUCAAAUAAACUGAAAUGAAACCAUUUUCAUAAAUAAUCCAAAUUAUAAGUUUAUACUAAAAAUAAAUAUUUUUAUUGAUCAUAAAAAAUGUUAUUUUUAAAAACUGAAUGAUUAAUAAUUUAUAAACUUUUCAAUUUAUUAGAUGAGAGCUAAAAAAAUAUCAUAAACAAUAGAUGAUACUAAAAAACAUAACUUCAGAAUAUAAAUAAGAAAGCUAAAUAAAAUCAUUUAACAAAUAAUUAAACAUUUCACUGAAUCUAGUAAAACAUAAUUCAUAGUAAAGUUAAAUCAAAUAAAAUAGUAACAUGUUAUAAAAACUAUAAACAGGAGAAAAGUAGAAGAAAACAAGUAAACAAAGUUAUACAGACGAGAACAUUGAUAAUGACUCAUAUUGCUCUAGAGAUUAGGAUAUGCUUAUUUAUGAUCAAUUACAAAACAAAUGAAAAUAUGAAUUAAAGAUUCAGUUCAAAAAGAGAAACCAUUAAAGAUUUCUUACUUUUCAGUUUAACAUUAUUUCAUAUUGAUGAAUAUUAUAUUAGUGAAACCUGUCUCAUGUAAUAGUAAAUCUUGAUGUAUAAAUGUUUUAACAUAUAGCCAUUUAUAAUUGAAUAAAUUAUACUAGUGAAUGCAAUAUGAUAUAUUACAUACUUAUGAUAAUAAUGCUUAUAAUUUAUUUAGAAUAUUUAUAUAAAUGAAUUAUUAUAAGCUAAAAGGUUCUAUUUAAGUAAAAUAGUUAUAAUAUAUCUUAUUAAAAAUUUAUCACUUAAAAUGUGUAUUCCACUUUCCUGAUUCAUUAAGUCACAACCUACAUGUAAUAGCAAUAGCACCAUUAAAUAUAAUGUGAAUGAAUAUCAAUAUCUGACUAUGAUAUGUUACAGCAUCAUAUCCUAAGCAUAACAUAAACACUCUGAUAAUUAUCGCUUGUUUAAAAUGGCUAUAUGUUAAGACAAAUUGUUAAAUAAAUACUAAUUGUCAAAACCAUUUAAAUUAAAAUAGUAUUUCUUAGUAAUAAAAGAGUGCAAUAUUACAUAACUAGUAUUGGUUACAAUGUAAAAAUAUUUAUCCUACAUUCAUUGUAUUGCAUUAUUAGCUAAUAUUUCAUAAAUAAAUCAAUUUAAUAAAUAAGUCUACAUACCAACAUAGACUUAAUAAUUAUAUUUAAAACAUCUACAUCAAUGCUUCUUAAUGGGCCUACUUCCACAGGGGUUGUGAUGUAUUUUGUACAACACAUGAUCACACACAUAGUUCAUGUUUCAGUAUACUUUAGAGUAUUUGAUUAAAAUAUAAUAAUUACACUUCUGAACUGUAAAGAAGUGGAUUACAAAAAUCUAUAGAAUUUCAAAUUGAUCCAAAAAAUGUUGAGAACUACUGGUCAAUUUACUAGCAUAACGUUUAUGUUAAACUAACUGUACAAAAAAAGACAUUCAUCAAAAAUAUUUUAACUUUCAAAAUGUACAGCAGGAAUAAGGCUAAAAUAACUUCAAAACAGUGUUUUGAAGCAUUCAAAACAGUGUUUUGAAGCAUUCAAAAGUACCCGGAAGGAAAUUUUAAUUAAAGAUUCAACUAUCAGACUUAAUUUUGAUUGCUGACAAAAUAAUAACCAAUGCAACAAGGUAAAUGAUAAAAUUCUUCAGAACUUUAACAAGCCAAAAAGCAAUAUGACUUGAAAAUGAAAAUCUGAAAUCAUAACGCAAAGUGCUAAUAAACAAAAAUUUACAUGACUUUUUUUUUUUUAAAUACACCAAUGUAGUAAGAAAGUUCUCAAUAGAAUCAUUCUUCCUAAUAACAUUAAAAAUUCAUAAUGAAAUAAAAAUAAUUCUACAAUUUACUAAAAAUCCAUACUCUGUAUUUAAAUCAUUUAUAAUUUCCUGACAGUUAACAAUAUAAAAUGCAGAGGAAGUUAAAGUAAGAACAAAAAUGUUUGAUUGAAAAUCAAUUUUUGAAUAAAAAUUUUCUGCUAAGCAAUAAAUUCAAGUUUAUAACAUAAUCAUUUGUUUUAUUUAUGUUGAAAGCAAUUUGUACAAAACAAAAUGGCAAGCAAAUGAUUGUAAGUAUAUUAUAAUUAACAUAUUUUAAAUCCUUCAUUAAAAAACCUUCGUAGGCACAUUCAACUUCUCGAACACAUAUUAUGUUUUUUAAACUCAAGCCUGGUUUUAAUGAAUAAUGAAUAAACUAAGGCAUCACCUAGUGAAAAUACACUAAGUUAUAUAGUGCUGCAAUUCAUUUUUUUUCUUUCAAUUUCAUUAUCAUUCAUUCCCACAGUUAUCAGACCUUGCCAACACUUAAUAUAUCAUAAACUUAAAAUUACUAAUUAAAUUUUCUUUUAAUAUAGGUUAUUCCUAGUAACUAAACGUUAAUGUUAUUUCCCAGUUUUGUUUGAGAUAAAACAAUAAUAUCUAAAACAUUAAUAUAAAAAAACAAAAACAUUAUAAAUACAGUAAAACUUUAAGGAAAGAUCAAUGUAUUCAAACUAUAAUCACUGUUUUAUAUAUAUAUAUUAAAAUAAAUUAAUUUAACACUUGAUAAUCAUAGUUAACUUUAGGAAAUAUAAUUAUUUUCAAGAAUUAGUAAAUCAUCGAUAAUAACCUGAACAGCUUUACUCAAUGAACUGGGUUAAUGUUAAGCUUACUUUGAAAAUCAAACAAUGAACUAACAUACAUUCUCAUUAGUCAACGCACAUAACAUCAACCAGUAAAGAUAUUUAUCAGAAAGAACGAUCAAAAUAAUAAAAUAAAUAAAAAUCAUCAGGAUCAAUUUAACUUUGUAACUGAAACCAUUAAAAUACAUUAAUAAAAAUGAAAUAUAAUUAUUAAAAUAAAUAAAACAAAAAUAAUAGGGUGAAACAAAAUAACUUUAGAAAAAAAGAUGGUAUAAGAUAGGUAAAAAUUAGUAAAAGAAAAAAAAAAAAUCAAUUCUCUUUAAAACAACUAAAGUAAUAAUGUUGAAAGAAAGAGAAAUAUAAAUAUUAAUAUGAUAUAUUAAAAAGUAUAAAAAAAUAUUUGGGUCUGUUUCUGUCUUUACUGUUCAUAGCAAUUUGUUAAUUGGAGCUAAAACUAUUUGAGUAAAAAAAAAAGUAUAUUGACAUUUGGAAGAAAAAGAACCUUUUAUAUAAAGCUAUUUGUUACCAAAAUAUCACUCUAAAAUAUAAAACAUUAUGAACUUUUCAUGAAAAAUUAAAUUAAAAGAUGCUAGAGCUUACAAUUUUCAAAAUGGGAAGAUAAAUGUAAACUAAAAUAAUAUGUUUCAAUGAUAAAAUAAUCUGUUUAACUGAAUAUUUUAAUUAAUGAAUAAUAUUAAUUUAUAGUUAGAUAGCCAACAAGAUGUGGGUCAAUUGUUGCAGGAGGCAAUAGAACUUCAAGGAUUGCAGCACUACGUAGUUUCCAGAUAAGACUUUAUAUAAUAUCUCUCUUUCACAGCUUUUCCUGAAUAACUAAAUAGUUAUUCUUGUAUAAUAAAUAAAAUGCCAAGAUAUGCACUAAUAGUGAAACAUACAUUUUAGUAUACAUUUUAAAUAUUAUCUUUCCCGGUUCGAAAAUCUUAAAAAGGAAAUAAUCAUAGCUUCAUACAGAUGAUAUCAAUAACCGAUGAGGUUAAAGGAAAUUACAGUGAAAUUAUUCGUAAAUUGUUUAUCAACACAAUAAAUAGCAUAUGAUAUGAGGUUGAAUUGGUCUUUUUUAAAACCAACAAUGAAACUCAAGAAAUCAGGCUAUAUUGCAGUAUUUAGUUAUUUAAAAGAAAACAAAUUAUUUUUGAAUAGGGUUAGUUAGUUUUUGCUUUGCAUAUAUAUUAUAAUUAUAAUUUAAAAGGUCAAGUGGACCUUAUACGGUAGCUAAGGAACAAAUAUUAUUAUGAUGACAAAUUAUAAAUAGUUCUUUUUUGUUUAAUACUUUUUAUCACAUUAAAAAAAAUUAUAAGCUUCACUCUCAAGGAUGCAAAAUAAUAAUUUAAAAAAAAAUAUCAAAUUUUAUCUUUAAUAAAAUAUUGACUAUUGUCGUUUUUACUAGCUUAAAAUUAAAUUGACACCAAAUAAACAAUUAAUAUGUAUCCCCUCUGUAAUAUAAAUGAUAAAUUCCAACAAAAAUAUAAUGAAAAUUAAAUACUGGUGGAGUCUAAUUUGAUAUGUUCAAAAGUAAAUGUAUGAUUCAGAUAAUCUAAACAUCCCUUGAAAAAUUCCAGGUAAUUACAAUAAACCUACUUACCCAUCAAGAGUUUUGAGUACUAGCAAGAGCUGACUUCAUUAAAAGGUGUUUUUGUGCAAAUGGAAUAUUUAUCAAAUUGGAUUGAAACAUUUUAUAAAUUAACCUAUUAAUUUCAACUAAAAAAGAAUCUCGGCAUGAAAAGCACAUUGAUUGCAUCUCGUGAAAUAAAUAAAGAGUAAGAUUAGUCAAGUUGAACUGAAUACAUACUUAAAACUUAACUACCAAAUCACUGGCUAUACAAAUUUUUCAAAUGAGAUACGUGGUUUGUUAGUUUAACCUACAAAAUACCAUUAGUACACUUCAUUAAAAUGAAGGAAUGUACUUGUAUUGGUCUUGUAUUGCACUGAUAUUGUUCUAUAUUUAGCACAGUUAAGUUUGUUCGAAGAUUCUGUGUUUAUGUAUUUAGAUGUUUCAUAUAUUUCUUUAUCUCUAAAGAUAUUAAUAAAAUCAUUUCCUGUAGUUUCGUAUUUCUUUGGCCAAUAUAUCAUACCCUCCAUUCUUUCGUAUAAUAUAUAUAUGUAUACACAUAUGUGUAUAUAACAAUAAUUAAAGUAAUAUAUAUUAAUGAUUUUAAAAAGUCAAUCAAAUGUUAUAGUUAAUAAAAAAAUUAAAUAAAUUAUAAAAUUGAUCAAAAGGUUUUCUACUAAAUGCUAUUUCUGAUAUUUAUGAAAAUACAGUUCAAAUACUGUCUAUGGUUGAAAAAUACUAUAGUAUUCGAAUAUUUAUUAAAACUUGAAACCUAAAAUGAUAGAAUAAUCACCAAGUUAAUUGACUUCAAGAAAAAUGACAACAUAAAUGUAUUUUUUUCGUAAGGUCAUACCAGAGAGGAAACAAAUUUUAAUUAAAUAUUCAAAACAUCAUUUACUCUUAAGUAUAAAAUUAUGAAGCUAUCAUAAUUAUAUUCAAAGGAAAUAUCAAAGUACCAACAGUAUAUAACUAAAUUUGUUGGGACUAGGACUUCAUUACAACAAUCAAUACAAAACAUUUUAUAUUUAAUUUUUUUAUUCAAAUUUUUAAUAAAUGUAAUUGUUAAGAUGAUUAUAUUAUUAUUGAGCCCUUUCAAAAUAUUCAAAUUUUUUAAACAAUAUAAAUAACAGAUAAUUAAUUUACAAUCAAGCAAGUACAAGAAAUUACAAUCAGAGAGCUCAUUCUAAUAAAUCAGUUCAAAAAGGAAGGAAUGAAAAAAAUAUAUAAAAGUUAUUAAUAAAUCCUGAGGGAUAGGAUAUGAACAUUUAAAAAUUUUGGUUACUUUAAUAUGGUAGAAGUUGAGAGAAUUUUUUCCAAUUUUACAAAAUAUUCAAAGAAAUAAAUAACGUUAAAAAAUAAUAAAAUCUAAUAAUUACAAAAGAUAAGACAUUUAAAUAACAAAAUAGAAAUAGCCAAUUUAGCACAACAAUAAAUUGGAAUAAAUACUUAAUAUAUCAAUGAAUAAUUAUCACCUAAAAUAUUUUAUUUUUCAGCCUUACAAAUAUUAUAAAACAAAUUAUCAAUUUAUAUAAAAAGUUUUUAAUAAGUAUAAAUUCAGAAUUUACACAAAUAGGUAAAUAUACACAAGAGCAUAAUUCCCUGCCUAUAAUGGCUAUUAUUUAAUAACUACUAUUGUACAAACUAAAAAUAAGCCAAAGUUUAUUUAUAACUUCUAUAAUUUAUAUUUAUAAAAAUAUAGUAUAGCUUCUCGAAAUUUUUUUCCUAACCAUUCCAAAUGAAUUUAUUACUUCAGAAAUUAAAUCCAGGCUGGAUUUUACGUUAAAGGAGUUUUUCUGUUACUGAGCUAUUGGUUGCAGAGCUUAGAGUUGAUGGGUUGAGGUCAUCGCCCCAGAGUAACUGUCAGUUGACUAGCUCAACAGUAACAAACCGUUUUAGUCGUUCCAAAUACUGACCAUACAACUCUACAUCAUUAUGACCAGCUCCCUG